UGAUCAGUCCACCCUAAUAUUGACUUAUAUACAUAAAAUUGAAAAAUUAAAUGCUUUCUGUCAGCCAAUAGACUACAGCGCACAUUUAUUUUGCAAAAAGCAAAUAAAAAGAGGAAAAAAGAAGUCCAUUAUACUAAGUAUAUAUGAAAACAGAAAAAAAAAUAAAAAUAAUAAUAAUAGAAAGAAUGGGCCUCCCCCCGUACCCCUCACUCAGCCUCAGCAGCUCCCACUCCCAGUUCUCAACCUCACCUUGAGCAUCUUCAUUCUUGUAUGUUGUUUCUUCUCCCAAAAUAAUCACAACUCAAACCAUCACAUUCCAUGUACUGCUCCAAACCUUGAAAGGAUCCAACACAAGGGGUCAUCAUCAUCAUCUUGUACAACAACACCUUUCUAGCUAGGAACAAAGAAUCCAGCUUCUUGCAGUAUUCGUAUACCUGUUCGUAUGGAUGGAAUGUAUGGGAUUAAUCCCUCAACGGGUAGUGAUGAUUAUGCAGACAAGGCUUUAUUGUCUCCCGAGAAUCUCAUGAUUGCGGCGGAGUACGGUCAGUAUCAUUACGAUUCCAUGGUUCCCUCCGGCGAUUAUUACCAUCGGAACAUUCCGGUGUUUGAUUCGGCGGAGGAAUUGGGAUUCCAGUGUUCGGUGGUGUCGGAAUCAGCUUCUGUUAAUGUUCAGAAUCCAAGAGAAGGAGAUCAUGAUGACGAGCAGGCUUCCAGCUUGAUCAAGGCUAAAAUUGCUUCUCAUCCUUCCUAUCCCAAGCUACUUGAUGCUUAUAUCGAUUGCCAAAAGGUUGGAGCCCCCCCCGAGAUAGCGCGUUUACUGGACGAAAUCAGGCGAGAAAAAGACUUGUCCAAACAAGACGCAGUUUCGAUGUGCUUAGGAGUCGAUCCUGAACUCGACGAGUUUAUGGAAACGUACUGUGACAUCUUGGUGAAGUACAAGACGGAUUUGUCGAGGCCAUUCGAUGAAGCAACCUCCUUCCUCAACAAGAUCGAAACUCAACUCGUCAAUCUUUGCAAGGAUGAUGGUGGCUUGUCGUCCGAUGAGGAGUUGAGUGGUGGGGAGACGGAAAUGCAGGACUCUCCGAUGAAAACUGAAGACCGAGAGCUCAAGGACCGGCUCUUGCGUAGGUAUGGUAGCCACAUUAACAGCCUAAAGCUGGAAUUCUCCAAGAAGAAGAAGAAAGGUAAGCUGCCUAAGGAGGCCAGGCAAACAUUGCUCGAGUGGUGGAACGUUCACUACAAAUGGCCUUACCCAACGGAAGCGGAUAAAAUAUCGCUGGCUGAAACGACGGGGCUGGAUCAGAAGCAAAUCAACAACUGGUUCAUAAACCAAAGGAAGCGGCACUGGAAGCCGUCGGAGAACAUGCAUUUGGCUAUAAUGGAUAAUCUGUCUGGACAUUACUUGAUGGAAGACUGAUCAUAAACUGUAUGAAUAUAUGCAUGUUGAUUUGCAGUUUCAGACAUAUAUAGUCUCAAGGGCUAGCUCAUGAUGUAUAUUCUCUUAAUCAACAAACUGCUCGUACUUGACUUAAUACAUUUUAGUUCCAAAUAA